CACAGUGAUUGUAGUUAAUUUUUUAGUUAAAGAGGAGAAAGCAAUAUUUUUUUUCAAUUGUUAAAGAUUGUGAUAAUGGAGAAUGAUAGUUUUAUUUAGGUAAUUGCAUUUUGUAACAAUUCGUUUUGAACAAUUCUUCCAUUUUGGUGCCCCCGCCUAUAGAGUAGACGAAUCAAAACAUUUUCAUAUAAUGCAUAGCUAGUCGUUUAAUUUAAUCCUAGAUAACUCAAGGGACAAGUGAUAGACUAGUUAGACGAAAUGUGAUGUUAUAAUCAACUAAUGUUGGAUAUGUUUAGGAAAUUGUUUUGUCACACUAGACACUGCUACAUAUUUUUAUAUACGAUUGAAAAAAAGUUUGUUAGUUUUUCAAACUUAUUUUGUACGAUUCGUUCUAAUAUUUAUACUCCUUAUUACUACUUACCAUUACCUACAUUGUAUAAAUAAAUAAUAAAAAAAAAUGAGAUGCUAAAUUAGUGAUUCCAUCCAGGUGCGGUCACGUGACACCACCUGUCAACCUGAAAACUUACUCAUUGGGAAAAAAUGUUGUUUUAAGUACAAUGGCCCAAGAAAGCUCAAUCACCGAUAAUUUUUCAGGUCCCGAAUCGCGAUUUGAAUGCCCCAUUUGUCUUGCAUGGCUGCGUGACCCCGUUUUGACCUCUUGUGGGCACAGAUUUUGUCGUACUUGUAUGGACUCAUGGCUCGAACGCGAAAAUCCCUCAUGUCCCAUCGAUAAUACGAAACUCGAGAAGGGAGUGGACAUUUUUCCCGAUAAUUUCACUCGAAGAGAAAUUUCACAACAAAAAACCAAAUGUCCUAAUCUGGUGAGGGGUUGUUUGGAGGAGUUGUCACCUCUCGAUGUCGAGACACAUCUACUGACAUGUAAAUUUAAACCACCGGAAUUACCCGAAAAUGAAAAGUUGCGAUGUGCUUUUGUCGAAUUUGGUUGCGAGGAUAAGUUUGAAGAUGAACCUGAAUUACAAAGACACUUCGAGCAAUACAUACACAAACAUUUGAACUUGUUAUCACAAGCUUAUAGUCGAAUCACUAUAAAUAGCCCCUCGACAUCGGCAAUUGCACAACAAGCGAAUUUUUGGGAUCCCCCGUCUAAAAACGACACUUCAUCAGUCUCAAAUAACGAUAACGUAAAUGGAUUAUUAAAGGCCUUGUACGAAAAAGCCGUAUUAUUGGAACAAAAGACACGCGAACAAGAUAUAAUUAUUGCAAAUAUGUCUGAACAAAUCUCAUCUUUGAAUUUAUCAAUGUCAAAAAUGCACUUGCGCUACUGUAAUGGAUGUUAUUUAUGGUAUUUUAAUGAUUUCAAAAAUAAAAUUAAUGCGAUGCGAAAUGAUUCAAGGAUUAUGCAUUAUAGUCCCGGUUUUUACACUUCAACUAAUGGAUAUAGAUUGUGCAUUCGUUUGAAUUUAUCACCCAAGGACCCUAAUUACGUAGCUAUCUUGAUUCAUGUAAUGAAGACAGAGCACGACCAUGCCUUAGAUUGGCCUUUCAGUGGAAGAUUAACCAUAACUUUAAUCCAUCCUCUACAGCCUUUUCGUAAUAUAAAAGAAACGAUGAUGACUCGUCCCGAACUGGAUGCAUUUAAAAAACCUAUACAAGAUAUGAAUCCCAAAGGUUUCGGUUAUACUGAAUUCGCUUUAAUUGAAGAAAUUUUCUCUCAAGGCUACGUCGAAAACAAUCAAUUGUUGAUAAAAGUUCAAGCUCAACCUGUUUGAAUAAAAUUUUUAAAAUGGUUUAUUAA